AUGCGACAUACCCAUCAGUCCAACGGGAAGACGGACCCUGUCGAUCAUGUCGAAGCAUCCGACAAUGGCGAGCUUCCAAAGGCCAUCGACAAGGCGCUGGCAGAGGGCGAAGCGGUCCAGAUGCGAUCCGAGUUGGAUAACUUGCCCAUCCUGAAAGCUUUGCGUAUAUACUGGCGCAUAGCUUUAAUCUGUAUGAUGGCUGCGUUCAGUGCCGCUCUGGAAGGUUACCAACUUGCGCUUGCGAACGCUAUUGUCUCGAAUAAAGGCUUCAUUCGACAAAUGUCCAACGGAGGCACCAAGCUCAACCCUACACAUGUGGCUGUUUGGGGAGGCAUGCUAUCGACUGGUCAAUUUGUCGGUGUAGGCCUCCUUCAGAUAGUCAUUGACAAGAUUGGGCGCAGGUUUGCCAUGCACAUCACCUGGCUUUCUCUUGCAGUCUCGGUGGCCCUGGAGUCCGCUGCCACGAACUGGCUCUACUGGCUCUUCGCCAGGCUGAUCGGAGGAGCUGGCCUCGGCAUGAUGCAGGCUACCUAUCCCGUUUACAUUUCCGAAAACGCGCCAACCCAGAUUCGAGGUUUCCUGACUACUUCGUACAUGCUCUGGUAUGUUUGUUCGCAGAUAUUCGCCCCGUUGGCCUUGCGACAACUGGCCUUCACGGACCCGUAUAACUUCCAGGUCCCCAUCCGCACCCAGUGGGGAAUGCUGGGCGGUAUGCUCCUCAUUAACCUCUUCUGCCUCCCGGAAAGCCCUUGGUGGCUUGUCCAGCGGGGCAUGUUUGACAAGGCGGAAAAGGUGCUUGCCAAGACACACAAAGGUGUUCCGGGCUACGAUGUAAAAAACGAAUUGUCCAUUAUCAUCGCUACGGUUGAGCACAAGCGAGAAUCCACGGCCGAGGACAAGAGCCAAUAUCGGGAAAUUUUCCGAGGAAUUCACCUUUGGCGACUCUUCAUUUGCUUCUGGCCCAAGGCGAUGCAGCAGCUGGCAGGACAGAGUGUCACCAAAAAUUAUGGCACAUACUUCUUCCAGUUGGCUGGAAAUGACGAUCCUUUCACCGUAACGGUCGUGCUCGCUGUUUGUCAGCUUUUGGGCGUUCUCACAACUACCUUGAUGUCGGAUAGAUUUGGCCGGCGCUGGCUUACUAUCGGCCUCUUUGGGGCCGGAGCCAUCUCGAUGCUCGCCAUCGGUAUUCUUGGAUCCUUCGACUACCAGAGCAAACAACUCGGUAAUGUCUUGGUAUUCUGGGGGUGCGUGUCUAAUUACGGAAUUAUUGGUGGCGCCGGCAUUUCUUAUUCUUACGUCGCCGAAAUACCUACCCAACGACUGCGGGCACGAACUGCUUCUAUAGCCUUGAUGGGCUCUUUCGUUCUCGGGAUUGCCUUCAACUACACGGUUCCACUCAUGCUCAAAGCUUGGAGUGUUAGAACGGGAUACUUGUAUGCUAGCCCUUCCGCUGCUCUCAUCAUGCUUAUACAGAAUGUCACUGACCUCACCAGCUUCGGAGCCGCCGGUGUCAUCUCGUGCGUCGUCGGAUUCUUUGUCCUGCCGGAAAUUGCCUGCCGAACCCCUGCCGAGAUAGAUGAGAUGUUUGAAGACAAGAUCGCGCCUCGCAAGUUCCGCAAGCAUGUCACACAGGUCCAGGUGUUUCUUGAGGAAAAGGGGCCCAAGGAGCACAUGCCUCCAGAAGACAAAGCCUAA